ACCAAGCCAGAAGAGAUACCUCCGCAAAUAGGGGCAGAUCUACUUCCGGUCUCUUCUGUCGGGCGGAAGUGAGCGGAGCGGAGAGGGAAAACAGCGCUCCUUUCCGGUGUAGGGGUACAGUUGAAGUAGCUACCGACGAGGGAGGAGUCGUUCGUGAGCUUUCCCGUCAGAUCAGAUCGGGGGCCAGAAAGGUCCAGUCCUCUCUGCGUGGGCCCCCUCUGGUCACACAGCCCUGCAGCUGCCCCUUCCUUACCCCCCAGGAUGACGCGCCACGGCAAGAACUGCACGGCGGGGGCCGUCUACACCUACCAUGAGAAGAAGAAGGACACAGCGGCCUCAGGCUACGGCACCCAGAACAUUCGACUGAGCCGGGAUGCCGUCAAGGACUUCGAUUGCUGCUGCCUCUCUCUGCAGCCGUGCCACGACCCUGUUGUUACCCCCGAUGGCUACCUGUAUGAGCGGGAGGCAAUCCUAGAGUACAUUUUGCACCAGAAGAAGGAGAUCGCCCGGCAGAUGAAGGCCUACGAGAAGCAGCGGGGCGCCCGGCGUGAGGAGCAGAAGGGGCUGCGGCGGGCGGCCGCGCAGGACCAGGUGCGGGGCUUCCUGGAGAAGGAGGCGGCCAUCGUGAGCCGGCCCCUCAACCCCUUCACGCCCAAGGCCGCCUCCGGGGACUGCCCAGAUGAUGCCCGACCCGGGUCCAGUGCGGGCCCCACAGGCAAGGACAAGGACAAAGCGCUGCCCAGCUUCUGGAUCCCAUCGCUGACCCCCGAGGCCAAGGCCACCAAGCUGGAGAAGCCGUCGCGCAUUGUGACCUGCCCCAUGUCCGGGAAGCCGCUGCGCAUGUCCGACCUGACGCCCGUGCGCUUCACGCCGCUCGACAGCUCCGUGGACCGUGUGGGGCUCAUCACGCGCAGCGAGCGCUACGUGUGUGCCGUGACCCGCGACAGCCUGAGCAACGCCACACCGUGCGCCGUCCUGCGGCCCUCUGGGGCCGUGGUCACCGUGGAGUGCGUGGAGAAGCUGAUUCGCAAGGACAUGGUGGACCCCGUGACCGGCGAGAAGCUCACGGACCGCGACAUCAUCGUGCUGCAGCGAGGCGGCACGGGCUUCGCGGGCUCCGGAGUGAAGCUGCAGGCCGAGAAGUCCCGGCCGGUGAUGCAGGCCUGAGCGCGCGGUAAACCAAAUAAAUGGGAUUGUUGGACGCGACAGGCCGUGUGGCGCCGUCAUUCACCGCGCCAGAGCCCGGUGACAGCGUGAGCUCAGGAAUGACUGCGCUUUGAAAGCGUGGGCUAAAAAUAUUUGAUUGUGGUCUCACGUUAAGAGUAAUAUCUGAAUCGAAUGCAAACGCACAGCUUUAAAUGGGUUGAGUGGCCAGAGUGGCCAGAGGUCGGAGUCUGGGCCGCGACCACAGGAGGGCGCCACUUUAAUGGACUGUAGAAGUCCCCGCACUUUCUUUUGAGAUAAACCAAAUUUGAAGCCCAGGAGGCGACCCGGAACGCGUCUCCCGUUGUAAAGUUUGAUAAGACACGCAAAGGAAAUGAAGUGCUGUGUGUGACUGAGAAAGCGAACAGCCGGCACCCUGUCUAGAGAAGGCAGUCAGGAACACUCCCUCCCCCACCACCUGGAGGCUGGAGGGUGAAGAGGAAGAGGAAACCGCAAGUGCAAAGUCCCGGAGGCAGCACUUGGCAGGUGUGAAGAGGGAGGAGUUCAGAGCACCCAGGCCUAGUGGACCUGCCUGGAGCUCAGACUUGACUAGGAGGGCAGGGGUGGCCUUUAAAGCUAUGUUUUUAAUAACCAUUGAAUCACAAAAGCUGACCCUGUGCAGUGUGGAGAACCAGAGCAUACAGUCAAGCAAAGAUUGCAAAAAUAAAGUCUUAAAAGUCCUGACUCUGAGCGAUACCCAGGUCCGGUCCUUCCAGGUCUUUCUCACAUGAGUUUUUUCAACCAAAGUGAGAUUUCCAUGCAAGUACUGUUCUGUUCAUUGAACAGUCUCUACCUUUUCAUUUUGGUAAGAGGUCUUCUCAUCCAAUGCCCAGGCGAGAUUCAGAGUGUCCUUGAGUGCUGGGCAAGCCCCUGUCUGGUACAGGACCACUUGGUGCGUCUGGCCGCAGGGAAAGGUGUUAGCAGGAGGGUGGGUCAUCCUUGCACCCUGGGGAGCCCCGGAAACCCAGCAGUUCCUCCCUCAGACGCUUCUAGACCCUUCCCUUGGUCCCUAAGAGCCUUCACGCCCCACUCUUGGGCUCCCAGUCCCAUUGUCUUGGGAGGAUGCUUGUACCCAUUUUGCAGAACAGCCCACCAAGGCUGAGAAGACAACUUGCCCAAAGUCACACUGCUCAAGACCAUAGCUGAGCCCAGGUUCACCCAGAGGUCAGCCACCUCCAGAUACCUGCACCCGCCUCAUUCAGUCUUGCCCUCCUCCACAUCCUUUGCACCCUUCCUCCCCUAGGUUUCCCACACUGCCACCCACAGACCUCUCCACCUUGGCAAGCUCGCACCCCAUCCCUUUACCCAGAAUGAUAGAGAUCUUCCCUCCUUCUCUAAACACCCCCAAUCCCCGUCCUCUUAAGAGCUCUCAACCACCCCGAGUCUCUUCUCUCAGUUCCCCCCACCAAGGAUCCUGUUUAUGUGUGGUACAGACCACUCCCCACCCCAAAUAAAGAUUUAAAGGUGCAAGAUUGGAAAUUCUGGAUUCCCACAAGGAGCCUAAAUCCCACUCUUUAGUUCACAGGCCCUUUGAGACACUCUUUGCGGGGAGGGGUGGGGUGUGAGUCAAGGUGCUCACUCUAAGCCAUAGGUUUCCUUUAAGAUUUCAAAGGUAACAAGGAGAGGAAGCAAGAGUCAGACCACAGCUGAAGCUGUGGCAGGAGAAGGGAGGGAUGGGAAGUGGAGACAAAUUUUGUGUUUUCUCAACAGAGGUUCCUUAGACACUGGUCUAGAGUUCAGAGCCAAGGGGCUUCCCUGGUGGCGCAGUGGUUAGGAAUCCGCCUGCCAAUGUAGGGGACACGGGUUCGAGCCCUGGUCCGGGAAGAUCCCACAUGCUGCGGAGCAACUAAGCCUGCGUGCCACAGCUACUAAAGCCCGCAUGCCUGGAACCCGUGCUCCUCAACAAGAAAAGCCAUCGCAAUGAGAAGCCUGCGCACCGCAACGAAGAGUAGCCCCCGCUCGCUGCAACUAGAGAAAGCCCGUGCGCAGCAACAAAGACCCAACGCAGCCAAAAAUAAAUAAAUAAAUAUUUUAAAA